ACUCAAAUCUUACAGAUGGAAGCAGGACAGAAGAAGGAAAUUGCUGAGACCACUCAGAUCCUUCAACAAACCUUCAUCAGUGAGAAAGAGCUUCUGCUAAAGAAGGAGAAGAUGGUUGAAGAGGAAAAGGAGAGGUUAGAGCGACUUUAUGAAGAUGAAUUGAAGAAAUCCCAAUCCCUGAAGGACGAGCAAAGUGACCAAAUGAAGAAACUGGAGGAUGAGAAACACAGGCUUCAGGCCAGUAUGGAGGAGGCAUUGAGAAAGCAAAAGGAGGCAGAGGAUUUGGUUCACGAUAAACAAAAGGAAUUGCAGGAAAUGGAAGAGAAGAGACAGCAGAAAGAGAAGCAGCUGGCUGAGGAGAACCGGAUCCUGAGAGAGCAACUGGAAGCUCAGAAAAAGAUCAAAGAGAUGGCUCCAAUUCAACAAGUAACAGUCACUCCAGUGAAAGCCAUUUCCAAUGGCAGAGACAUGGUGGACUCUGCUGCAGAAAGUGAAGACACCAAACUGACGUUUAGUGGCCUUCGUCAGCCAGUGACAGCUGGUCGUCUACAGCAGGCUGGCAUCUUGAGCAGGAAACAGUUGGACAAACUGAAGAAAGGUUCGGUAACAGUACAGGAACUGUCCCAAAAAGAAAACCUGAAGACUUAUCUGCAGGGCAAGAGCUGCAUUGCUGGUCUCAUCCUUGAGCCUAGAAAUGAGAAACUUAGCAUCUAUCAGGCAAUGAAACAGGGAAUAUUGAAGCCUACAACAGCCACAAGCCUGCUGGAGGCCCAGGCAGCUUCUGGUUUCAUCAUUGACCCCAUCAAAAACAAGAAGCUGCCAGUCAAUGAGGCCAUUAAGGAAGCUGUGGUUGGACCAGAACUUCAGGAAAAGCUGCUGUCUGCAGAGAGGGCGGUGACUGGUUACAGGGAUCCCUACACGGGAAACACCAUCUCCCUGUUCGAAGCAAUGAAGAAAGACCUCAUCAGUCCAAACCAUGCAAUCCGUUUACUGCAAGCUCAGAUGGCGACUGGUGGCAUCAUUGACCCUUUGAACAGCCAUCGUCUACCCUUGGAGCAGGGCUAUAAGCAAGGCAUCAUUGAUGAGAAAAUGAGCAAAACACUUCCCAGUGACACUGAUGAAACCAAAGGGUAUUUUGACCCCAAUACCCAAGAGUACCUUACUUAUUUCCAACUGAUGGACAGGUGUCAAGUGGACCCGGAGACUGGACUCUGUCUGUUACCAUUGACAGAUGAAGCAGUGACACACAUGGAGGGUUAUACAACAGAACAAACACGUGACAUCUUCAGCACAGCCACAGUGUCUGUCCCAUCCGGAAAAUACUCUGGUAAAACAGUCACCAUCUGGGAAUUGAUACACUCCGGGUAUUUCACUGAGGAACAACGUCGGGACCUUAUCCGACAGUACAGAUCAGGAAAAGUCACCAUCGAAAGCAUCAUCAAAUACAUCAUUACAAUUAUUGGUGAGAGUGAAGCUAAAAAACAGCUUCUGUUUGAUGGUCUGAGAGACAAGGUUCCUGCCAGUGAGUUACUCGAAUCGAAGAUCAUUGACAAGAAGACAUUUGAUGGGCUUCAGAAGGGAAAAGCAAUACCAGAAGAUGUUGGCAAGUUAGAUUCAGUGAAGAGGUACCUGCAGGGGUCAGACAGUAUCGCUGGAGUGUUUAUUGAACCAACAAAGACAAAGAUGAGCUUUUACGAAGCAAUGAAGAAGAAUAUGUUGAGUCCAAGCACAGCAGAGGCCUUGCUGGAAGCUCAGGCAGGUUCAGGGUUUAUUGUUGACCCUGUGAAGAAUCGAACCCUCACUGUCGACGAGGCAGUUAAAGAAGGUCUGGUAGGCCCAGAGCUCCACGAGAAGCUUCUGUCAGCAGAGAAAGCUGUGACUGGGUACACUGACCCUUACACUGGCCGCAAGAUCUCCUUAUUUGAAGCGAUCACGAAGGAUCUUGUGUCGAAGGGUAAUGGGAUCCGUCUCCUUGAGGCACAGAUUGCCACAGGAGGCAUCAUUGACCCUGUGCACAGUCACCGACUGCCUGUCGAUGUGGCCUACCAACGAGGAAUGUUUGAUCAGGAGAUGAACAAGAUUCUGUCUGCUGCUGCCGAUGACACCAAAGGGUUCCUGGACCCUAACACUGAUGAAGACCUCACCUAUCAGCAGCUAAAGGAGAGGUGCGUAACAGAUCCAGAGACUGGACUCUACCUCAUCCCAAUAAAGGACAGCCAGAUUCCCCAGGUGGUUGAAAGUAUGGUGCACAGUGAGGUUGAAACAAGGGAGGUAUUUGAGAACACGACUGUGGAGCUUCCUGAAGGCACACUUGGUGGGAAAUCCAUGAGCGUUUGGGAGAUCCUGAACUCUGAGUUACUUACUGAGAAAGAGCGGCUCAGGUUAACAAGAGACUAUCGUUCAGGAAAGAUUACACGUGAGCGUUUGGUUGUGGUAAUUAUUGAGAUUAUUCAGCAGGUGGAAAUCCGCAGAGGCUAUGAAAUGAUUACAUUUAAUACUUUCAGGGGUAAGAUCACAGCUGAUCAGCUUUAUUCCUCCAAAAUUAUUGACAUGGAAACACUGAAUAUGCUGAAGGACAAGCGAUUAACUGUGCAGCAAGUCUGUGAGAUGGAGUCAGUCAGGAAGUACCUGUUUGGAACAGGAGCUAUAAGUGGGAUUUAUAAAUGUGCUGGGAAGGAAGUGUUAACAUUAUACCACGCAAUGAAGAAGGGUUUGGUGAAACCUGAGAUAACUGAUGCUCUGUUGGAAGCGCAGGCUGCCACUGGCUUCAUGUUGGACCCGGUGAAGAAUAAGAGGCUGUCUGUAGAUGAGGCAGUGAGAGAAGGUCUCGUGGGUCCUGAGCUCCAUGACAGACUGCUUUCAGCUGAACGAGCAGUCACUGGCUACCGAGACCCUUAUACUGGGAAGACCAUCUCACUUUUCCAAGCCAUGAAGAAAGGCCUCAUUGCGAAGGAGUAUGUGCUGAGGCUACUGGAUGCCCAGUUAGUCACAGGUGGCAUUAUUGACCCAGAAUACAGCUACCACCUUCCUCUGGAGACGGCCUACCAGCGUGGCUAUCUUGACCGCGAGACAUACAGCCUGCUGACAGAUCCCACAGAGGGGCCCCAAGGCUUUCAUGACCCCAGCACUGAAGAACCCAUGAGUUACACUCAGCUGCUGAAGCGGUGCAGGGUCGAUGAAAACUCAGGCCAGCGCCUGCUGACUCUGACGGACAGGAAGAGGUUGGUCUUUAAAGGUCUCCGUAAACAGAUCACAAUGGAGCAACUUGUUGCGUCAGAUAUCAUCACAAGUUCUGAUGCUGCACAGUUACUGGAAGGUGAAAUCACUGUGGAACAAGUCAGCGACAGCAUCAAGAAAUACUUGGAAGGUACCAGUUGUAUUUCAGGAGUGUUUGUUGAAGCUACCAAAGAGCGAUUAACCAUUUACCAAGCCAUGAAGAAAGGUAUGAUUCGACCUGGAACAGCCUUUGAGUUGUUGGAGGCUCAAGCAGCAACUGGUUACAUGAUUGAUCCCAUUAAAAAUUUAAAGUUAACAGUGAGUGAUGCUGUGAAAAUGGGAGUGGUGGGUCCAGAGUUUAAGGAUAAACUUCUCUCGGCUGAGAGAGCAGUUACUGGUUACAGAGAUCCUUACUCAGGUGAACUGCUGUCUCUGUUUCAAGCCAUGCAGAAAAGUCUGAUUCUGAAAGAUCAUGGGAUUCGUCUGUUGGAAUCGCAGAUUGCUACGGGUGGGAUCAUUGACCCAGAGUACAGUCAUCGCCUGCCUGUUGAGGUGGCCUACAAACGAGGCCUGUUUGAUGAAGAGAUGAACAAGAUCCUGUCAGACCCAGGUGACGACACAAAGGGCUUCUUCGAUCCAAACACUGAGGAAAACCUCACCUACCUGCAGCUGAAGGAGCGUUGCGUGGUCGAUUCUGAUACUGGCCUCUGUUUACUCAUUCUGAAAGAUAAGAAGAGAGAAAGGAAGACUUCAUCCAAGUCAUCUGUUCGCAAACGGCGAGUGGUCAUUGUGGAUCCUGAAACUGGCAAAGAGAUGUCUGUUUAUGAGGCUUAUCGUAAAGGACUCAUUGAUCAUCAGACUUACACAGAGCUUUCUGAACAGGAAUGUGAAUGGGAGGAGGUGACAAUCUCUUCAUCAGAUGGUGUGGUGAAGUCAGUCAUCACUGACAAACGAUCAGGAAGACAGUACGAUAUCGAUGAUGCACUGUCCAAAGGGCUGAUUGAUCAGGGUUCUUUAGACCUGUAUCGCUCUGGAGCGUUAUCCAUCACGGAAUUUGCUGAUAUGUUGUCAGGAAACAUGAGUGGGUUCCGUUCAAGGACUUCCUCAGUUGGCUCCUCAUCUUCGUACACAAGCCAACAAGCAAGUCCCAUGAGAAGUCACAUGGUUACAUGGAAUGAUCCAGUGGAGGAGACGUGUCCAGUUGCUGGCAUCUUGGACACAGAUACUCUUGAGAAAGUCUCCAUCACAGAAGCCAUGCAUCGUAACUUGGUGGACAACAUCAGUGGUCAGAGGUUACUGGAGGCCCAGGCCUGUACAGGUGGAAUCAUUGAUCCCACUACAGGAGAGAAGUAUUCAGUCACCGAUGCUGUUGCUCACUCCCUUGUAGACAAGAUCAUGGUGGACAGGAUCAACCUGGCUCAGAAAGCAUUCAAUGGAUUUGAAGAUCCAAGAACCAAGACAAAAAUGUCCGCUGCUCAGGCCUUGAAGAAAGGCUGGUUAUAUUACGAAGCAGGCCAGAGAUUCUUGGAGGUACAGUAUCUGACUGGUGGACUGAUUGAACCUGAUGUCACUGGACGAGUCUCUCUGGAUGAAGCUUUACAAAAAGGCACCAUCGAUGCCCGUACUGCCCAGAAACUGAGGGAUGUUGGAGCUCAUACGAAAUAUAUAACCUGUCCCAAAACAAAGCUGAAGAUUUCCUACAAGGAUGCAAUGGACCGAUCGAUGAUUGAAGAAGGGACAGGCUUGCGUUUGCUUGAAGCAUCAUCACAAUCGACCAAAGGUUUCUAUAGUCCCUACAACGUCAGCGGAGCUGGCUCAUCCGCAGGUUCUCGAUCAGGUUCAAGAACUGGUUCUAGAACAGGCUCCAGACGAGGAAGCUUUGACGCGUCAGGAUCUGGUUACUCCAUGUCCUUCUCAUCAUCCUCAUACACGUCGUCCAGUUACGGCCGCAGAUUGGCCUCCACUGUUCCUGGAGGGCGGGAGAUGGUGACCAUGUCCAUGAGCUCUCGGCCACUCCCUAACCCAGACGAGAGCUCCGUGUUUACACAGAUGCAGCUUCUACAAGUGUCGAUGAUGUAGCAAGACCACUGUCCCCAGGCCCCCUUCCCCCUCACCCUGCUCCACAACUAGCAAAUAACCAAAACCAUAGUCUCUGUAAAGGACAGCAAGGGACACCAUUAUUCUGAUAAAAAUAUAGGAGAGAAAUUUGUUUUAAUUUUCCAUCACCUCGGUCCCUCUGAGUUUUAAAUAAUCUAGUGAUUUGAAGUUAAUCCAAUGGAAUGUAUAUGUUUGGAACAAAAAGAGACUAUUUAUCCAGAUCUGAUUAAUCUCUGUUUCCCGAUGGGGCCGAUUCUGUUGCUAUUUGUGGAGCAGGGGGGACCCUGACACCACUGCUGCCAUAUCCUCAUCUUACUCUGUCAGUGGGGAGGAGUUCAAUAUCCAAACCUCGUAACUUUCUUGGUGAAUGCACUGACCCACAGCGUGCCCAGAUAUCUCGCUUUCUAUUUUAAAACAAAUAUGCUGCAAGUAUUAAGAGCUUCUCUUCCAUUGAACUAUAACAAAGACUUGAUGCUGUUUGAAAAGAAACCAAAUAUUAACAAGGUGCCGUCUUUCAAAUUUAUUGAACCAUCCUUGACUUGGGUGUUCCAGUCAGUUACUGGAAUACUCCAGCCAACUCUCCCCUUACACCAUGUGUCUCCACUGCACUGACUGUUUUCAUGAUCAUUCAGACUCCUUGUGUAAACCAGGACAGCUCCCAAACAGCCUCCUGGAGAAACCAGCCUGCAGUUACUGACCUAGGCCCCACUCUGGCUGACAUCUCUCUGUGGACAUAAACUGAUGGUGCUCACAUCAAGAUUCCUCCCGGCUGCCCUCAAUGCAGCCGCUUCACAGGAGCCCCAUUGCACCUUAUUCAGAGAGUGAUGUCAGUGACACAGUGAUGGAGAGUGAAGCAAAUCCUGACCUACCAGCAGGUGUAGCCUCCAGAACGCUGUCACACCAGAACAUUCCGGAAUCCCAGCGGAGACCAGGACAGAGUCACAGGAGGCUCACUGUUCUUGACAGUGGAAGCUGCGAUGCCUGAUCUGUGAGGACUCAGUGACCGGUCGUAGGGAGCUGAAACUGGAGCUCAGAUACCAUCCUGUCAGCAAGAUGAACACUGUCCCAGCCAUUACUUUCCCCAGCUCGCUUUGUUGCCUUUCAGUUCAGUGAUUAACUCAACCCUUUUAUGUUGUUCAUGUAAUGUGUUUUUGUUUUGAGCUGCAUGCCUUACUAACUCAUUCAGGAGAAUCCUUCACGUUUGAAUGAGCCUGUUUAUAUCAAACAGUGCGAUUAACACACUAACUGAUUGCAAUCCAGACAAACCCCUGGAGAUUAAACACCUCCAUCAGCUGUACAGAAGAUAAGUUGUUAAAAGAAACCUUGUUGCAAGGGAAAAUUAAAAAGAUAUUAAUAUAUAAAAA